UUUGCAAAUUGUAAACUCACCCUGAUAAAACUCGAUGUCACAGCAUUGAGGUUAAAAUCAACUAUCGAACUAUGCAAGAAUUUUGCACGAUUUUAACAAUCAAAUGAAUAUUAAAAACUACACCAUGCUUUAAGUGUGCAGAGAUAACCAGGCUCUUGUGCAAGCCAUGGAGACCUGUAAUGAGUUACUCCUGCAAGCUAUAAGCACCAAUGACCUCAACACAGUGAGAUACUGCCUCAGAAAUGGGGCCAAUGUUAAUAAAAUCUGCUCUGGAGGAACUACACCUUUGGGUGCUGCUGCUCAAACCGGCAAUUUACAAAUGCUGAAGAUUCUCGCUGAAAGCACGAAAAACAUCAACAAUCUACAACUUGAUGUGGACAAUGAUAAUCAAGAAGACCUAUCAAGGCCACUAUACCUGAAACUAGACACUCAACCCGAGCCAGUUCGCGGCCGUAAAAAUAUUGGCUAUUUUGUAGUUUGCAAAGACAUGGAUGACAAUGACUUGGGUGAUGGUCCUACACCUGAUGGCAUGGAUGCUCUUGAAUGGGAUAUGGAGAUAACAGAUGAGGGUAACAAUGACUUGGCACCAUCACCUGAAAUUAACAUAUAUAAAUGGUAUGCAAAAAUACUCAAUCAAACAUCAAUUUUGUUAAAAAGUCCUGACUAUGAUGUGACUAGAUUGGAUACUCAUGGGCAAACAGUGUUGCAUUAUGCAGUUAGAUUUGGCAGUAAGGAAAUGGUUGAUUUUCUAUUGAUGACAUUCACUGAGAUCAAUGUGAAUCAAAGUGAUUCCAGUUGGAACAUUCCAUUGCAUAUUAGCUGCAUUAGGGGAGACAUUGAUUUAGUGCAGUUGUUAAUUAAAAAAGGAGCUAACAUAAAUGCAGCAAACACAAAUAGAGAAACACCUUUGCAUUAUGCUGCUCAGCAUGGACAUUUGCAUGUUGUGCAAUUAUUAAUUGACAAAGGGGCAAAUUUGAACAACUUUGAUAUGGAAGAUAGAUCACCAUUGAGUUUAGCUAUUGAUAAUAUACAUGAAGAUGUUGCUGAAGUUCUUAUUCAUAAGGGAACCAGACUAAACCAUGAAGAGUGUUUGGGAUAUACUGUUUUGUAUAAAGCUGUGUGGAACAAUCUACUUAGAACAAGUAGAAACUUGUUGAAAUCAGGCAGUAAGAUAGUGCACUCACAUUUUUUGUUGCAUAUUGCAACAAGGCAUAAUAAUCUUGAAAUGGUGAAGCUAUUAUGCGAAAAUGGUGCUGUUGUAAAUAUUCGAGAUGAACAUGGGAAUACGCCGUUGAUGUCGGCGUGUAUAAACAAAAAUUUUGAUAUUGCAAGAUAUUUUUUACAAAACGGAGCACCAGUAAAUACAGUGAAUCAAAUAAACGGUAUGACAGCGCUGCAUCUUUGCGUUCAGGGAGUACAAGACCCAAAACAAUUUGAGAUGUUUCUACAACUGCUCUUGUCAUAUGAUGUUGACUUAAACGCCAAUAGUUAUCAAGGUAAUGUUCUAUUUUAUUCGAUAAUCCUCGGUAAUUUGGAGGCAGCGCGACUUUUGGUGAAAUAUGGCGUCGAUGUAAAUCGGCGAGAUGAACACGCUUAUUUCGACAAUUUAAGCCUGGCGAAAAAACAAGGCGAUUUACACCUGGUUCGGCUCAUAGUAUACGCCGGCUUUGAUUUUUGUAAUUUGCUGUUCAACCUCAAAACACUGCAGACGUCCGGCGAUGAUGGCAUCUACGAAUUUUUGGUAAACGUCAAGACCUCACCGCUGGACUUGCGUGAACUGUGCCGAAUACGUAUUAGACGGCUGCUACGGCGGCAAAUCAUCGCCAAAAUCUAUCAAUUACCACUGCCUUCAAUGAUUUUACACUAUUUGGCCUUAGAUAUACUAUAAUCCUUUGUGAAAAAGCACAAAAAUCGUUUAAAAAAAACAGAAAAGAGGAAAAAAGUUAAAUUUUUCAAAAAAAUUAAAAUUUGUGAGAUUCCUAUGUGAUAGGACAUUUAUAUGUUUGUGUGCGUAAAACUCUGUAAUUCUAAGAACACAAUGUGAUUACGUCUAGUCGUUAGUAAAAUGCGGUACCAAGUAGCAAAUAACUAAAUAAGUAUACAAGCUAAUGAAUUGAUUUCAUAUUUUGUGUCACAUGUUCAUUCCAUUCGAAGCUGUCACGGAAGAGAAUUUAAUAGAAUGUAUGAAUAAUUGAUAUAUUUUAAAAUGAGCGGCAAUUGGUCCGUUGUUUCAACACAAUGUUAUAUUUAAAAAAUAUAUUAGUUGGAUCAGGACUUGCAUAGAUCUCUAUAUUUGAUGCUCAAGCUGGCACUUUAAUUGUUAAGAUGCACAUUAUCGACAUAAUCAAGACUAAUAUACUAUCUUGUCUAAA